AUGGCGGCUUCUCAGAAUCUCUCGCGCCUGCGAGAGCAGACGAUGAGCAGUCUGCAGGACGAGGAGGCGGUUACAGUCAACACACGCGCGUUGAUUGACAAAGUUCUGGCGCGAUACUCUGGUGAAUGGACCACCCUUCGAGAACUUAUACAGAACGCAGCCGAUGCUCAGGCUCGCAAGGUCACUAUUCGAUUCGAGACGCUACCUUCGGCCACGGUUCCUCUUCCACAGACCCGGGAUACUACGGCUCAUUUAAAGCAUACUCUCCUCAACCACACUCUGAAGACGCUCAUUGUAACGAACGAUGGAGACAAUUUCAAUGAGAACGACUGGCAGCGUCUGAAACGUAUCGCCGAAGGUAAUCCCGAUGAAACGAAAAUCGGGGCUUUCGGUGUUGGAUUCUACUCGACCUUUGCGGAAUGUGAAAACCCAUUUGUGAGCUCCGGCAACCAGUCCAUCGCAUUUUACUGGAAAAAAGAUUCUCUGUUCACAAGGAGGGGGACCCUCUCCGGAGAGCAGGGCGCACAAGCAGGCACUACCUUCAUGCUAGAUUACCGAAGUCAGACCACGCCUAUUCCGUCGUUGAUGAGUCUUUGCCAGUUUCUGGCGACUAGCUUGACGUUCGUCGGCCUAGAAGCAAUCGAAUUGUGGCUUGAUGACUGGAACAUCGCAACACUGAGCAAAAAGACAGCUCCUAAAGUAGCUGUCAAUAUCCCCGGCGAUGUCAAUCCUAAGACGAGAGACGGGCUUAUGAAGAUCGUCGACGUGGAAUCGCAGAACGCCCAGAUUGACGCGAAAUGGAUGAACGUUUUGAGUUGGGACCGAAAGUCUGCACAAAAUCCUGCCGUACAGCAGAGCGACCCAGGAGGUAUUAGCCUGCGUAGCUUUUUCGGCCGAUUUGCGGCCAGUGCAACAAACUCGGCCGCUACACGUGCAGCCCAACGUGAAGAGGAAGCCUUACAGCAGAAGAUUGCCGAGGACUUGACGGGUUACAGUACAGCGUCCGUGUUCAUUCGAGUGAGCACAGUGAACAUUGCGACAAAUCUGAGCAGGCAAUUGGCACAGGAGCUCGAGCGAGCAACGAAGAAGCCUCCUCCUAAGAGGACACGCAUCUCCAUUUUGACCUCCUCCUCCGACGAGACCAAUGCCUCCCUAGCUAGCUAUUCUGGGUCUUCAAGUCAGAGAGCGGGUGAGAUCUUUGCAUCUGUCAUUCCAACCAAGCGAGGCAACGUAUUCAUCGGCUUUCCUACUGCUCAAACGACAGGAUUGCUUGCUCAUAUUUCAGCACCUUCGGUUAUUCCCACGGUAGAACGUGAAUCAAUCGACUUGAACGCGCGAUACGUACGAGACUGGAACAUCGAGAUGCUGCGCAUCGCYGGAAUUGCGUGCAGAAUAGCCUACACAGGCGAGAUGGUGGAGCUCAAGAACAAGCUGAACCGACUGCUGUCUGCUGCUGGGAGACGGAAAGUCACACCGGAGGAUGUAUCCGCAGUGAUGCCUUCAGCGAUCCACAUCUUUCGGCAGUUUGCGUACUCGGAGAGUACUCCCAGUGCCAAGGUCGGUCAGAUCAUCGAGGAGGCCUUCUGGACGUGCAAUCAAAAAGCUAGUAUCGAUGUCUUGUCUACGCGAGGUGUGCUUCCGAGCCAUCAAGUCAGAGUCGCUACAGAGGAUCUAAGCUUUGUCGAUGGUAUUCCUGUGAUUCCGGACGAGCUGAUGGAGAAAGCGCUCCAGUUUCUGACAAAGCUACGCGAUUAUGGACUAUUGUCUGACAUUACCACUGGCGACAUCAAGAAGGAGCUCGAAUCUCAGGCGCUCGACGAGAAGCAAGUUAGAGAAUUGGUCAAGUGGGCUGCCACCAAGGUCGCACGCCAGGAUAUGGACGCCACGGUGGUGCAAGGCUUGUUUCACGGCACCAUUGGCGCGAUCAGCGAAGAGUUUUUGGCUAGUUCAUCUACCCCGGUACUUCAACUCGGGCAUGUCAAGACAUUCGUCAAUGGGGCCAAAAUCCCCACAGAUCUUCCAACUCCUGCCCAAACGAUUCCGUUCCGCUUCACAAAGGGCCUCUCGUCAUCACAGCUGCAGUCGAUAGGCUGGGAAGAGCUCCAAAUUGUGCCAUGGGUGCAAUGGAUCAUUGAGAGCGAUGGCCAUGGCUUUGGCGACGGCAAAAGUCUCACUGCCACUCCUGAAGUUGCUUCGCAAGUCAUGCCUGUCAUUUCCAAGUCCUGGGACGGCCUGUCACAAUCUUCAAAGCAAACCAUUCAGGAGCUCUUCAUCCCCCGGACAGUGAUACCAACCAAGCUGGGCAUGAAGAAACCGCCUCAGGCAUACUUUGGCAAUGUCAAGUUGUUCGACGACCUGCCUACCAUUGUGGGACUACAGGGCGUCAAGGAGAAAUUUUUGUCCACCUUGGGAGUGCGAAAGACCGUCGAGCUAGGUGUUGUCUUCGAGAGACUCAUGGCGAAAUCGAACUCUGCAUCUCCUGAUGAGGGUAAGUGGAGCCAUGUGGACCUCAUCAAGUAUCUGCUCAGCGUCAAGGAUGACAUCCCGUCAGAAGACGUCAAGCGCCUUCGGCAGACACCAAUAUGCCCAGCUGAGAGUUCCGCGGCCACCGACUCAACGACUAAAGGCAAGCUGUAUCGAUUAUCUGAGCUCUUCGACCCGGACGAUGCAAUUCGACGCCUCAAGCUUCCUGUCCUCCAGUGGCCAGGUCAGUACCGUGCAUCAUCGCCAGAAGGCCGGUUCUUGAGGUUGCUCGGUCUACAGGAGUACCCCGCCGUCCCAGACCUGGUUGGAAUCCUCGCAAAGGCACCGGUAGGCAGUGAGCUUCAGCAAAACACGCUGACCUAUUGGAUCAACAACGCAUAUCACAAUGGUUAUACAAAGUACCCUCUCGCCGAGAUCAACCAAGCGUUCCUGCCCACUCUGCCAUUCGCAGGCGAGGGCAACAAUCUGGUCGCUAAGCCCUCGCAAUGCUAUGCCAAUCCGAAGGCUGCAGUAUUCCGUUUCCGCACGCUCCGGGAGGAUCUGCAGCAGCAUUAUGCUUUAUUCGGAGUUGCAUGGGAUCCUCCCAUUGAGGUCUGCGCUGAGCGUUUGAUAAACUCUCCCCCAGCAGACAAAUCCUCGGCACAGAGCCUGUAUGCCUACCUCGCAGGCAGAUUGAAUGAGAUUGGACCAAAUGGAAACCUUGCCGAGCACCUGGGCAAUGCUUUGAUUGUGCCAUUGAGCGAGAGGACUUCGAUGAACAAAACCCCACGCUUACGUCUUGUUGCGCCUCGCGCUGUUUACCUUGGAGAUGGACAGACUUAUGGCGACAUCUUCGACUUCGUAGACUUUGGGCACGAAGCAAACACAUUUCUUCUGCGCGUCGGAUCCAAGCAUGAGCCUAGCGCUGCCGAGAUUGCUGACAUGCUUGUUCGCCAACCCUCUCGACUGUUGAAUACCUUGRGUGUCGACAAGUACCUUCAGCUCCUUCGCAAGAUUGCAGAGAGUGCUGCCACUCUCAAGAAGGACAAGGCGCUGUGGAAGCGACUGAAGAACUCAUCUUGCUUACUGGCCGAAAAGCUGGUUCGAAGUCGAGGGGCAGCCUACGACGAUGAGAAGCGCGACAACGACGAGGACGAGCCGACGAUAAAGGAAUAUUCGCUGGCAAAAGCUCCGGAGAUGGUACUGGUCGACGAUUUCCAAACGUAUCGACUAUUUCAGGCCAAUCUUCUGGCCGCACCGCAGGAAGAGGUGUUGGAAGAUCUGUAUGCCUCACUCGAGACUCCCUGGCUUGGAGGGUUGGUCGAAGACGAUUCGCGUAUGGGGCAAUUGCUUAAAGAUCAGUCCGCUGGCGGCAGGCUGCAGAUGCUGCUCAUCGAGCGCUGUCGCCUUUUCCUGCACGACCACGCUCCUACCGCCAUCCGACAUGAUGCCAAAUGGCUCGAACAGAACCUCUCGGUCAAAGUCGUCGAAUUUCUCCAAAUCACACGACGCCUGAAGGGCUACAAGAUGCAGUUCGUGGAGAAGCGGACAGCAUCGCUUCAUAGCCACACGCUGUAUGUGACGGCUCGAUUCGACUUGUACGAGGUCAGCCGCGCACUGACUGGCCUUUUGCUCAAGCGGCCGAAACAACAAGACCUUCUGGCAUUCGAGACGAUCAUGGAAAGCGACCUUCGUAGACUGAAGACCAAGGGAUACAAUGUUGACCGAAUCCUGCGGGCGAAAGCAGCAGAAUCUCGCAUCGCAGACUCAGAGCGACAGCAGCGAGAGGAGGAGCAACGACGGCUGAUAGAGGCCGACUCUGCAAGUCGUCCGGCCCAGGCACCAGCAGCGAGGAAUGCCCAGGGCAUGCCAGCGCAAGCUCCCCAGCUUGAAGCUCCUCCUGAGACACCUAAGCAGCCAAGCAUGCCAGGCUCCUUCAACGACUCCCCGGAGACGAGCAGAUCAGGUAGUAUGGAUCAAGACAAGAAGCCCWCAUCGUUUUUCAACACAAUCAGCAAGCACCUUGGUCUCAAUGCGGGGAGUCAGGCCGGACAGCAAAUGCAGAACUUGCUGGGUAAUGGGCAGCAGAAUGAUGGACGGUCCUCGGAUCUUCCUCCUCCGUACGAAGCCCGAGAUACGACAGGCGAUCGAAGUGUCACGCCUGGCACUGAACGUGUUACCUCUCCUCGCGAUGUUCAGUCCAAUUUGGAGUCCGCCAUCAAGGCCUCUCGAGAAUACAGCGCCUCCAAUCUCUUCUCCGCUCCCCAAACAAAGAAUGUGAAAGAGACGCCUUCGUACUGCGAUCAUACACCAGCACAGGAUAUUCAGCUGAUCUCUGAACUCAACAACGGCUUCAGAUUGUAUCUAUCGCGCGACAACCCAGACCCCAACACUUUUCUGCAAGAUAACAGAGAUGCCAUUGCAGAUUUCGUCUUUGUGCUGCGGGAGGUUUCCAACGUGUUCGAACUCCCGGCCAAGACAAUUAACAUCUACCACGAUCUCAAGGGAGCGGCAAUCGCCUUCAACAGUAAUGGCAGUCUUUUCUGCAAUCUGAGGUACUUUCUACAAUUGCAUGCAGCUGCAAUGGGGAGCGGCGAAGGCAAAGUCGAAGCGAUGGCAUACUGGUGGAUCACGCUUUGUCAUGAGUUGGCGCAUAACCUUGUGAAGGAUCAUUCGAGUAGCCAUAGCUACUACACGGAGAGCUUCGCUGCGGCAUACUUCCGGCGAAUGGUCUGGCUUGCGGGGAAAUUUGCGAAUGAUGGUGGAAGAUAG